AUGCCUGAGGGAUGGAACACCUCUUCUGACAGCCCAGAGCUACGAGCAGCAGGGAUUAUUGUGCCCAUCAUUUUCUCCCUCAUCUUCCUCCUGGGUACUGUGGGGAAUGGGCUGGUGCUGGCUGUGCUGCUGCAGAAUGGCCAAGUCAAAUACUACACCACCAACCUCUUCAUCUUUAACCUGGCCAUGGCUGACCUGUGCUUCAUUAUCUGCUGCGUCCCCUUCCAGGCCACCAUUUAUACCUUGGAUGGGUGGCUCUUUGGAGCCUUUGCCUGCAAGGCUGUGCACUUCCUGAUCUACCUCACCAUGUAUGCUAGCAGUUUCACUCUGGCUGCUGUCUCUGUUGACAGGUACCUGGCCAUUCGCUAUCCGCUGAAGUCCCGGGACCUCCGCACCUCCCGAAACGCAGGGGUGGCCAUUGUCGCAAUCUGGUCGUUGUCGCUGCUCUUCGCAGGGCCUUACCUCAGUUACUACCAGAUUGUCCAUUACCACGGGGUGCCCAUCUGUGUCCCCAUCUGGGAGGACCAGCGCCGGAAGGUUCUGGACGUCCUCACGUUUGUCUUCGGCUACCUGCUGCCCGUGAGCGUGGUCAGCCUGGCCUACGCCAGGACCAUCAAGUUCCUGUGGACCUCUGUCGACCCCAUAGAGAGGAUCUUGGAGUCUCGGAAGGCCAAGUGUAAGGUCACCAAGAUGAUUGUGGCUGUGGCCAUCCUCUUCUGCCUCUGCUGGUUGCCCCACCACGUGGUCAUCCUGUGCUUCUGGUUCGGCCGCUUUCCCUUCAACCGAGCCACUUACGCUUGCCGCCUGGCUUCCCACUGCCUUUCCUACGCCAACUCCUGCCUCAACCCCAUCGUCUAUGCCCUCAUCUCCAAGCACUUCCGCAAGCGUUUCAAGCAAGUCUUCACCUGCCUCUUCUUUCAGAACAAGACCAGGAGGAAGAAGAAGAGGAGAGCUGUGAAGAAAAUCCACGUGGUCAAUGUGGACAGCGUUUUCGAUCGCAGCACCAGAGGGUUCUAUGGAGGCAACGCUGAGGUGACCCAGGUCCCAGAGGAGAACGUGAGGAAGAGGGACCCUGAAGGUGCCAGUCCUGACAGAGCGUGGACUCACCAGGGUGCCAUGGUCUCGGUUCAGAAGGAGCUGCUGGAGGAGGAACAUUUGGCAACAGGUGGCCAUCCCCUAGCCGUUACCCCUCCAAGAGGAACUCGGGAGUUUCUGACUGCUCAUUACAGAUGAAUGAAGUGAAGAAACCUGUUUCCCAGCCAGGGAGGAGCCAUUCUAUUCCUAA